CCUCUCAGCCCAGUGUGAGUUGGGUAAGUGAAGGGUUUAUUCAGGAUGGCAUAGACAAACAUCAGAAGUGAACGGAGGCUAAGGUUGGCUGCGCUCUAGGAGUGGCAUUUGGGUAAAUUGAAGGUUCAGUGGGAAAGAGAAAAGGGAUUUGUGAGCAUAAUGUGUGUGUGUGUGUAUGUGUUUGUGUAACAAUACAGUACGUGUAUGUGUAAAUCCAGCAACAUCUAUAACAAUACUACUUGAUCUAAUCUACCAUGGGAAUGGGGCUACAGUAAUUUAGGUUCACUAUCAGAGGACUGAGAGGCUAUUUGUGUUGAUGGGUAUUAUGUGUGUGUUGAUGGGUAUUGUGUGUGUGUGUUGAUGGGUAUUGUGUGUGUGUGUGUUGAUGGGUAUUGUGUGUGUGUGUUGAUGGGUAUUGUGUGUGUGUGUGUUGAUGGGUAUUGUGUGUGUGUGUUGAUGGGUAUUGUGUGUGUGUUAAUGGGUAUUGUGUGUGUGUGUUGAUGGGUAUUGUGUGUGUGUUGAUGGGUAUUGUGUGUGUGUGUUGAUGGGUAUUGUGUGUGUGUUGAUGGGUAUUGGGUGUGUGUUGAUGGGUAUUGUGUGUGUGUUGAUGGGUAUUGUGUGUGUGUUGAUGGUUAUUGUGUGUGUGUUGAUGGGUAUUGGGUGUGUGUUGAUGGGUAUUGUGUGUGUGUUGAUGGGUAUUGUGUGUGUGUUGAUGGGUGUUGUGUGUGUGUUGAAGGGUAUUGUGUGUGUGUCGGAGGGUAUUGUGUGUGUGUGUUGAUGGGUAUUGUGUGUGUGUUGAUGGGUAUUGUGUGUGUGUUGAUGGGUAUUGUGUGUGUGUGUGUGUUGAUGGGUAUUGUGUGUGUUUUGAUGGGUAUUGUGUGUGUGUUGAUGGGUAUUGUGUGUGUGUCGGAGGGUAUUGUGUGUGUGUGUUGAUGGGUAUUGUGUGUGUGUUGAAGGGUAUUGUGUGUGUGUCGAAGGGUAUUGUGUGUGUGUUGAUGGGUAUUGUGUGUGUGUGUCGAUGGGUAUUGUGUGUGUGUUGAUGGGUAUUGUGUGUGUGUGUUGAUGGGUAUUGUGUGUGUGUUGAUGGGUAUUGUGUGUGUGUGUUGAUGGGUAUUGUGUGUGUGUGUCGAUGGGUAUUGUGUGUGUGUUGACGGGUAUUGUGUGUGUGUGUUGAUGGGUAUUUGGGACAUAUAUUUGGGACAAGAUCUAUUCUAGAUAUAUUUAUGUGGAGAGCACACGUUGACGGAUAUAGCAUGUAACAGAUUGGGGUGUGAGGGAGUUUGAGGUAAAGUACAGUAGAGUAUUUGGAGCAGAAGCAGACAGCUACUACACUUCACGUGUCUGUGUACAAUGUUGGGUCUAGAAAGUUGCCAUUGUUUGAGUGUAUCUGAGGCAGAAUGAGAUGGCUAUAAUAAUGUGGCUAUGGGCAGCCAGAGAUCCAGCAUAUGGUUACUGUACUCUAUACUGUUAUUAUAAACUGGGUGGUUCAGGCCAUGAAUGCUGAUUGGCUGAAAGCCGUGGUAUAUCAGACCGUAUAUGACAAAACGUUUAUUUUUACUGCUCUAAUUACAUUGGUAACCAGUUUAUAAUAGCAAUAAGGCACCACGGGGGUUUGUGAUAUAUGACCAAUAUACCACGGCUAAGGGUGUUGCGUCGUGCCUAAGAACAGCCCUUAUAUAUUGGCCAUAUACCACACCCCCUCAUGCCUUAUUGCUUUAAUAGUACUGGAGCAGAGAGAAGAUGUACACACUGCUCUCCAUGCUCUGCCCUCUGGCUCCAAACCUGGAGACACUACAGUUACCCCUCACUAAUUACAACCACAUAUAGGCCCAGGUGGGGAGGGCGAGUGGGUAUGGGGUACCUACAGGAACAUGCUGCACUUGAUGUCAUACCAUACAUGUAUGCACACACAGACACACACACUGGGUACAGUUGACGCACAUCAACCACGUCAAGUCAGCUGACUUGAAGUGGUUCUUUAGGGCAGUUGAGGGGGGGACAGACUUAACCAAUGAGAGAGAGGGUAGAUAAGUAAGCACUUGCUAUUUCAGGAAAUGAUGCGAUUAUGCUGCGGGACUUGUGAUGUGUGGUUUAGUACGUUACCCUGCGUCACUACUUCAUUCCUCCAGACCAGCACAAGGGGGAGUUAGAACACUGAUUAUGCUUUUGGGUCCCAAGGUGCUAAUGUGUCUCUCUACCUGACAAUGAAUGGGCGAUAUAAACCUAAAUAGAAACUGAUGCACGACUUCAGUAUUACUUACUAAAAGUCUUCUUACAGGUUGUUAUUCUAAGAGAAACUUAGACUACAAUUAGGGUGUGGAAAUGUUAGGAUUAUUUUUCUCUUACUGUAGUACUCUGUACUGUAGCCUACUCCCGACCGGUCAUGUUGUACAGCCCCUAGGUGGCACAGUGGUCUAAGACACUGCAUUGCAGUGUGUUGCUACAGAUGCUGGUUCAAUACAUGUGCCGGCCUCGACUGGAAGACCCAUGAAAUGACUGUAGGUUUUUGGUUUCUCUCACUCUAAAAACAGAAAUAAAUACUUUUAAAUAACACCUGGCUUUAUUUACAAAUUAGUAACAAUGUCUCACCCCAUGUUCAAGAAUGCCCUUUUUCUCACUCAUUUCACGUUAUUUGAAAACGAAAUCAUCUACAAAACAUGGUUAUUUUUUACAGAAAGCUAUUAUUAUUAUUAUUAUUAAUUUAUAAUUCUAUAAAAGCCUGUUGGAUAUUCUCAAAGAUAUGUUAUUAGCCCUGUUAUUAGCACGACAAUAUACAGUAUAUUGGUCAUAUUGGUCAUGGCUCCUGAGUGGCACAAAAUGGGAUUGCCUUGCAGUUCUCCAGCUGUAUCCACUGAAAUAGCGGUGGGCGCGCGAGGUUCAAGGCACGAGGGCAGGGGGCAUGGGAUGGGCCGCAGAGCCAUGCACAGAAGACGGACCUUUGGGGAAGGGAGGAGGAGGAGGAAGUGGCCAGAUUAGCAACAUAAUCCAAGUGAUGACAAUCGGGGAUCUUCUGUAUACUUAUGGCCUAUUGUAAGCUGCGAGUCACACCUUUCCAGUACUCCUCACCCCGCCCCAAACUCCACCCUCUAACAUAGUUACCAUUCAGAAAUUAGCUGUUGAUCUAAAACAAAUGACAUUGCGAACAAACGAACAGACGAAAUGGACAUAGUUUCCUCAAGCCAGCUUCUUCCUAUGAUGCUACCCGUUCCAGGGUUAGGACCAUAACCACCAGAGGACUUGAAAAUGAGCCAGAGCUGAGAGGAUCACCAACAGGUAUUUUGGUUUCAGUGCAUUUUCUUUAAAAAAAUGUACAUAGCCUAUCAAUGUGUACGCAGCAUUUGUAUGUUGGAGUCACUUUUACUUCUUAAUUGAUCUAGCAUUUCUAUCAUAGGCCACUAUAAUCGAUGGGGGCUCAGGGGCGGUACCAUUCUACUCCUCUGAUGAAGGUGCACAUGGAUCAGGUUCAAACUUUGAAGACAGAGAUCGAGUCAUUGAAGGCAGACUGGCAGAAAGUGAAACAUUAUCUGAGGGCAGAGAUACAGGUGACAGCUGAUGCAUUGGCAGAGAGUCAGGCAGCAUUGGCAGAGAGUCAGGCAGCAUUGGCAGAGAGUCAGGCAGCAUUGGCAGAGAGUCAGGCAGCAUUGGCAGAGAGUCAGGCGGCAUUGGCAGAGAGUCAGGCAGCAUUGGCAGAGAGUCAGGCAGCAUUGGCAGAGAGUCAGGCGGCAUUGGCAGAGAGUCAGGCAGCAUUGGCAGAGAGUCAGGCAGCAUUGGCAGAGAGUCAGGCAGCAUUGGCAGAGAGUCAGGCGGCAUUGGCAGAGAGUCAGGCGGCAUUGGCAGAGAGUCAGGCGGCAUUGGCAGAGAGUCAGGCAGCAUUGGCAGAGAGUCAGGCGGCAUUGGCAGAGAGUCAGGCAGCAUUGGCAGAGAGUCAGGCAGCAUUGGCAGAGAGUCAGGCGGCAUUGGCAGAGAGUCAGGCAGCAUUGGCAGAGAGUCAGGCGGCAUUGGCAGAGAGUCAGGCUGCAUUGGCAGAGAGUCAGGCGGCAUUGGCAGAGAGUCAGGCAGCAUUGGCAGAGAGUCAGGCAGCAUUGGCAGAGAGUCAGGCAGCAUUGGCAGAGAGUCAGGCUGCAUUGGCAGAGAGUCAGGCGGCAUUGGCAGAGAGUCAGGCAGCAUUGGCAGAGAGUCAGGCAGCAUUGGCAGAGAGUCAGGCGGCAUUGGCAGAGAGUCAGGCAGCAUUGGCAGAGAGUCAGGCGGCAUUGGCAGAGAGUCAGGCUGCAUUGGCAGAGAGUCAGGCGGCAUUGGCAGAGAGUCAUGCAGCAUUGGCAGAGAGUCAGGCGGCAUUGGCAGAGAGUCAGGCGGCAUUGGCAGAGAGUCAGGCAGCAUUGGCAGAGAGUCAGGCAGCAUUGGCAGAGAGUCAGGCUGCAUUGGCAGAGAGUCAGGCGGCAUUGGCAGAGAGUCAGGCUGCAUUGGCAGAGAGUCAGGCAGCAUUGGCAGAGAGUCAGGCUGCAUUGGCAGAGAGUCAGGCGGCAUUGGCAGAGAGUCAGGCGGCAUUGGCAGAGAGUCAGGCAGAAUUGGCAGAGAGUCAGGCAGCAUUGGCAGAGAGUCAGGCUGCAUUGGCAGAGAGUCACGCAGCAUUGGCAGAGAGUCAGGCAGCAUUGGCAGAGAGUCAGGCAGCAUUGGCAGAGAGUCAGGCAGCAUUGGCAGAGAGUCAGGCAGCAUUGGCAGAGAGUCAGGCAGCAUUGGCAGAGAGUCAGGCAGCAUUGGCAGAGAGUCAGGCAGAAUUGGCAGAGAGUCAGGCGGCAUUGGCAGAGAGUCAGGCAGCAUUGGCAGAGAGUCAGGCAGAGAAUGACGCGUUGAAGAGGGCGGGGAACGAGAUGGAGUCACAAUCCUUGCCAGGCACAACUGUGAGCUCUGGAGCUCCACCUCCAACAGGCAGAGUCAUCAUACCUGACGGGUGCAUCAGGUCAUCGGUUCAACCUGACUGAUGCAACCCCCCCCAAAAAAGAAUUAAAGACAGUCAGUGAGUACCUGAGGUCACUGAGAAUAUCUGGACAUGUCCUGCUCUCCCUUAUGUAAAGAAUUAGGCACUUUCCCAUGUUUACUACAUUAUGUACGGUAGGCUAUGUUUACUUGUCAGACUGCACAGUAGCCUAAUAAACAAAUGCAGGUGGCUAAUAUUUUCAAAAUGUUUUAAAUGCUUUAUUAGUCAAAUGUAAAAUCAUAAAAUAAUGAUAAAAGUACUCAAAAUGCAGAUGUUUAUUUAGUUAUGGAUCCAUAACAAAUUACUAUGGGAAAGAAUAUCACUGAAUUACAGAAAUAUUGGAACAAAGUUGUCUAAUGAAGGUAAACAAAUGGUUGCUUACUGGAAAAUACUAUUUCAAACACACACUGUCAUGUUGUACAGCUCCAUUACGGCUAUUAGCAGGGCUAUAUUUUGGCCUUUAUAAAUAUGAUUUUGGCCUUUAUUCAGAUUACAAAUCGCUCACUGUCAUUUAAAAAAAACUGAAAUAACCUCCAAAACAUCAUUAUAUAUAGACUACCCACUGUGGACAUCUAUUUCAGCACCGUUUCUCGCUGCUCUGAGACAAGCAUGGAGAAACAAAAACGUUCAUUAUAUUCCAUGAUAUUCUUUAUAUGUGUGACUGAAUAUAAACAAGUGAUGUCUGCUAAGUAAUCCAGUUGAUGGCACAGUCAUAUAGCUUCGACACCUUCAUAAAACGACCUCAUGCAACCUCAAAAUGUUGGAUAAAGCGUAUACUGUACAGUACUGUAUUUCUCCAACAGCAUCUUUACGCUUCGUUAAUAAAAUUAGGAUAAAAAUACUCUUUCAAAAUACAGAUGUUUAUUUAGUUACGGAUCCAUAAUGAAUUACUAAGAGAAUAAAUAUCACUGAAUUACAGAAAUAUUGGAACAAAGUUGUCCAAUGAAGGGAAACAAAUUGGAGGGUAGGGGGAGAAUUCUAUUGUCAAAUGUAUACUUAGUUGUAUACAAAUGUAUACUCCUGUCUCAGCCUCCAGUAUUUAUGCUGAAGUAGUGUAUGUGUCAGGGGGCUAGGGUCAGUUUGUUAUUUAUAUGCCAUUUUGCAGACGCUUUUAUCCAAAGCGACUUACAGUCAUGUGUGCAUACAUUCUACUUAUGGGUGGUCCCGGGAAUCGAACCCACUACCCUGGCGUUACAAGCGCCAUGCUCUACCAACUGAGCUACAGAAGGACACACAUAUCUGGAGUACUUCUCCUGUCUUAUCCGGUGUCCUGUGUGAAUUUAAGUAUGCUCUCUCUUAUUCCAUCUUUCUUUCUAUCUCUCGGAGGACCUGAGCCCUAGGACCAUGCCUCAGGACUACCUGGCAUGAUGACUCCUUGCUGUCCCCAGUCCACCUGGCCGUGCUGCUGCUCCAGUUUCUACUGUUCUGCCUGUGAUUAUUAUUAUUUGACCAUGCUGGUCAUUUAUGAACAUUUGAACAUCUUGGCCAUGUUCUGUUAUAAUCUCCACCCGGCACAGCCAGAAGAGGACUGGCCACCCCUCAUAGCCUGGUUCCUCUCUAGGUUUCUUCCUAGGGAGUUUUUCCUAGCCACCGUGCUUCUACACCUGCAUUGCUUGCUGUUUGGGGUUUUAGGCUGGGUUUCUGUACAGCACUUUUUCUGUACAACACUUUGAGAUAUCAGCUGAUGUACGAAGGGCUAUACAAAUACAUUUGAUUUGAUUUGAUUUAGUUAGGUUGGCUGUAUCACAACUGGCCUUGAUUGGUUGCAAUUUCAGUUUAAUCCACCAGAAAAGAGAAAACACAUCCAACCGUGAUUGGGAGUCCCGUAGGGCUGCACACAAUUGGCCCAGCGUUUCUCUCCCUCUAAAAACAGAAAUAAAUGUUUUGGCCUUUACAAAUAUUAUUUUGCCCUUUAAUCAGAUUACAAUGGCUGCCUUUUGUUAAAACAUUUUUUUUUAAACUCCAAAGUCAUAGAGCCAGCACCUACAUAACGCUGAGUUACUCACUCAUUCAUUGCUUUGGAUCAAAAUAAAUAAUUACCAACA